UAAACUGAACUGUUACUUUUUGCAGUAAACAAGCAAAAUGGCAGACGUCGCAGUUCCCGCCGACAGGAAGGCUCCCCCAAAGUUCAAGCAGAGGGCCAUGCGCACAUUCAAGAGCAAGGCCCCCAAACCAGGCCAGAAGGGAUUCGGAGACGACAUCCCCGGCAUGGAGGGCCUGGGCACUGACAUCACCGUGGUCUGCCCAUGGGAGGCAUUCGGAGACAUGGAGCUGAGCGACCUGGCCAAGUACGGAAUCGUUUAGUCCUCGUCGUCUUCCGUCCCCGAUCCUUCCCUUACAGCCGAGCAGACGCACUAGCGAAGAGGCAGCUCAUAGACACUG